AUGGUCUGCUCGCCUGCCCUACUACUGCUCCUGGCCAUGACUCCCCCCGUGCUGGGGUCACCAGCUGUCCACGCAUCCCAACUUGGCCAGAGUCAGGCUAGGGGGCAGUCUGAGCAGCAACUGAGCCAAGGGAGUGGAGCAUUUGAAUCUGUCCUGGUCUCCGUCUAUGUACAUGUGGACUUUUCAAAUAACACCUGGCCACCAGAACUCUCUAGGACAUUGACUCACCCCUCUGCUUCAACUUCCUCAUCCUCAAGCAUUCUCACUGCCCUCAGCCUCACAACAGAGUGUAACGCCAACCAAGAUGGGCAUUUCUAUUGUGGUUGUCUCUCUGGGUAUCAGUGGAACACCAGUGUCUGCUCCCAUCACCCUCCCUGCCCAACCUCUCCCAACCACCAGCCCUGUGUCUGUCUUACCUUCAGCCAUCCUGAGCCUGCCUACUGUCAGUUGCUGCCACCUGGCCAGGACGUCUCCUGCCUCCCUGCAGUUCCUGGGAAGCUGAGCCUGGACUCCGGGCUGCAGAAGCCGGGCAGCACACUGAGCCUCACUCUCCUCAUGAAUCACACGGCUACCGACCUGCACUGGUUCCUGUGGCCCAUGAGGAGCCCCAGUCCCAUCCUUCUGCAACCAGGGACACAGGUAUCCCUGAACUCUUCUAGCCAGGACCAGGCUACCCUCAGCAUCUUCAACAUCUCCCAGGACUGGGCAGGCAAGUACUUGUGCUGCUUUGAGGCCCAGGGAUUCAGGUGGCUCCUGCACCAGGAGGUGAGGGUGCCUUUGCAGGAGACAGAUGUGGUGCGACUUCCAGACCAGCUCUCCAUCUCGUGUGCCACCUCUUCUGGCUUCCACCUGAGCUGCUGCAUUCCCAGCACACACCUGGCCUACACUGCUUCCUGGAGCCCCAGAGAGGGCAGCACAGCCUCCUUACUCAAUAUGUCAGACUUUGAGUGCCUCGUGCUGGACAUUCAGAGCUGCCCCACAGCUGACACCACAUACACCUAUGAGCUGCAGAGCCUGGAACUGGCCCCUGUCAGGGUCUCCAUCUCUGUCACCAUCAUCAAGGAUGGAGACACCAUUUGUCCCGAGGACUCCUUGGCUGUUACCUGGAAUGUCACCAAGGCUGGUUACGUAGCCCAGGCCCCAUGUCCCAUGGACAGGACUGGAAUGAUGACAAGGUCCUGUGGUCCUGAUGGGGCCUGGGGACCCAUUCACAGCAGCUGCACAGAUGCCGGCCUCCUGGCCUUGCUCCAUAGAGCCAGGCUGCUGCAGGCAGGCCAGGGCAAGCCUGCUAAGGAGGUACCACAGCUCUUGGCAAAGCUGCCAGGGCAGGCAGCGAGGGUGAGCUCACCCUUAGACUUACUGGCACUGCUGGACUCCAUGACUGUCCUGGCCAAGAUGGUGGCAAAAGCCAAAAUACAGCUUAGCCACAGGGCCCUAAAGGCUCUCCUGACAACCACGGACAAGAUCCUAGACUUGGACACCAAUUCUCUGUGGACCCUGGCUCAGGCCCAGGAACCCUCUGCAAGCUCAGCUUUCCUGCUGUCUGUGGAGACCAUGGCACGCAGCCUGUGCCCACAGGAUCACCCCUUCUCCUUCAUCUUGCCCAAUGUGAAGCUGCAGACUCAGCUCCUUGGACCCACAUUUCCUGCUGACUAUAAGAUCUCCUUCUCCACUCAGCCUUCACUGCAGGCACAGAUUCCCAGACACUCACUGGCUCCACUGAUCCAUACUGGAGAAAAUAUUAGUAUUACUAGCCUAGUGCUGCAGAAACUGGACCAGUUUUUGCCCUCAAAUUAUGGAUGGGGUCUGGGGGACACCCUCUAUGCCACUCCUGGUCUGGUUCUCUCCAUAUCCAUUAUGGCAGGUGGUCAGGCCUUCAAACAGGGAGAGGUCAUCAUGGAAUUCGGGGACAGAAAUGGCACCCCCCACUGUGUUUUCUGGGACCAUGAUCUCUUCCAAGGUGAGGGGGGCUGGUCGGAUGAAGGGUGCCAGGCACAGGCAGCCAGGGCCAGCUCCAGCACUUGGUGUGUCUGUCAGCAUCUCACUGCCUUCUCCAUCCUCAUGUCCCGACACACCGUACCAGACAGCCCUACCCUGGAGCUGCUGAGCCAGCUGGGCUUGGGGGCCUCCAUCCUGGCACUGCUUAUGUCCCUGGGCGUGUAUAGGCUGGUGUGGAGAGUUGUGGUACGGAACAAGGUUGCCUACUUCCGCCACGCGGCCCUACUCAAUGUGGUGCUCUGCUUGCUGGCUGCAGACACCUGCUUCCUGGGAGCCCCACUGCUUCCCCCGGGGCCCCACAGCCCACUCUGCCUGGCUGCUGCCUUCCUCUGCCAUUUCCUCUACCUGGCUACCUUUUUCUGGAUGCUGGCACAGGCCCUGAUGUUGGCCCACCAACUGCUCUUCGUCUUCCAUCAGCUGUCCAAACACUGCGUACUUCCCCUGAUGGUAUUCCUCGGUUAUCUGUGCCCUCUGGGAUUUGCAGGGGGUGCCUUGGGCCUCUACCUACCCCGAGGGCAAUACCUGGGGGAGGGAGCAUGCUGGCUGGAUGGGAAGGGAGGUGCACUCUACACCUUUGUGGGGCCAGUGCUGGCUAUUGUAGGCGUGAAUGGGCUGGUACUAGCCAUGGCUGUGCUGAAGUUACUAAGACCUUCACUGUCAGAGGGGCCUCAGGUAGAGAAGCGCCAAGCCCUUCUGGGGGUGAUCAAAGCCCUGCUCAUUCUCACACCCAUCUUCGGCCUCACCUGGGGGCUGGGCCUGGCCACUCUGGUAGAGGAAGUCUCCGAAGUGCCCCACUACAUCUUCACCAUUCUCAACACCUCCCAGGGUGUCUUCAUCUUACUGUUUGGUUGCCUCAUGGACAAGAAGGUACGAGAGGCUUUACUCAAACGCUUCUGCCACACCCUGCCCCCUAGCUCCACCAUCUCUCUGGUGAGUUGCUGGCUUCCAAUCCUCAAUUUUCCUCUGAGAGCAGGUCAGAAGGAGGUGUUCUACUCUCUUCCCCAGAGGAGACUGACAGAACCAGAAGCCAAGAGCCAAUUGGAGCUGUUGUUAGAAUCAAGCUUUCCAAAGGAGGGGGCAGCAAAGUCAGAGCACUGA